GGGAAAAUGAAAGUGAAAGGGAGCGGAAGAGACUUGGUAAGGGAGAUCGCAGCACCAUGAUGCCUCUUCCUCUGCUCGCCGCCGUGGCUCUGGGCCUGGCGAGCGUCGUCUCUGCUGGACCAGAGGCGAUUGAGUGCUGGUUCGUGGAGGAUGCAGGCGGGGGUGGCCUGUCCAAGAAACCUGCCACACUGCUACUGCGCCAUGGACCCAGGGGACCGCCGCCCCGGCCAGAUGUUGACCCUAAGCUAUACUUCAAGGUGGACGACCGGGCGGGGAUGCUCCUGGCUGCCUUCAGGCGGUACCCCGCGGGCGCCUCCGCCCCGCACUGCGAGAUGAGCCGCUUCGUCCCGUUCCCCGCCUCGGCGCAGUGGGCCGGAGGUCUGAUUCCGCAGCAGAGCUGCCCGCGGGCCCUGGACGGGGAUUGGCUGCUGGUCAGCGUAUCCGGCGCUGUCUUCAGCCUCUCCAGCCUGCUGCGACCGCAGCCGGAGCCUCAGCGGGAGCCCGUCUUCAUCACCAUGGCAACAGUCGUGUUGACCGUCCUCACCCACAACCCUGCCCCUCGGGUCUACUUGGGAACGGAUGCCAUGCUGGACCUGCGCUUCGCCUACGCGCCCUCCACCCUGGAAGACGCCUCCUCCCUGGACCCGGGCCCUCCUCCCUUUGGGCUGGAGUGGCGACGCCAGCACAGGGGAAAGGGUCACCUGCUGCUGGCUGCCACUCCUGGGCUGGCCGGGAAAAUGCCACCAGCCCAGGAAAAGGCUACAGCGUUUGCUGCCUGGGAUGACAGUGAGCCCUGGGGCCCGUGGACGGGGAAUGGGACCUUCUGGCUGCCAGCAGUGAAGCCUUCUCAGGAGGGCGUCUACCUGGCCACUGUACACCUGCCCUACCUGCAAGGACAGGUCUCCCUGGAGCUGACUGUGCACAAGCCCCCGAGAGUAUCUGUAACAUCAGCACCCAUUGUGUGGGGUGCCCCAGGAGAGGCACCCCCAGAAUUGCUCUGCCUCGUGUCCCACUUCUACCCCGCGGAGGGCCUGGAGGUGGAAUGGGAGCUCAGAGGUGGCCCAGGAGGAAGCUCUAGAAAGGCCGAUGGGAAGACGUGGCUCUCCACCAUCCGCCACCAUUCUGAUGGCUCUGUCAGCCAGUCUGGCCAUCUGCAGCUACCGCCAGUCACUGCCAAGCAACAUGGCGUUCGCUAUGCCUGCCGGGUGCACCACCCUAGCCUGCCAGCAUCGGGGCGCAGCGCUGAAGUUAUCCUGGAGGUGGCAGGUGUCUCUGGGCCCUCCAUUGAGGACGGUAUCGGCCUGUUCCUGUCCGCCUUCCUCCUCCUGGGGCUCAUCAAGGCACUAGGCUGGCUGGCUGCCUACCUGACCAUUCCUGAAGCCUCAAAGGAGAAGGCCACAGCUGCCAGGCUGACCAUUCCCAGAGACUCAAAGAAGUCAGAGUAAAGACACUCGUGUCUGGAAGCCACCCACAUCUCUGGCCCAAGUGACUCCAGUGGCUCCUGCCCCAGAAGAGCAUCCCUCUGUGACCCCAGUGACUCCAGUGGCUCCUGCCCCAGAAGAGCAUCCCUCUGUGACCCUAGUGACCCCAGUGGCUCCUGCCCCAGAAGAGCAUCCCUCUGUGACCCCAGUGACCCCAGUGGCUCCUGCCCCAGAAGAGCAUCCCUCUGUGACCCCAGUGACUCCAGUGGCUCCUGCCCCAGAUGAGCGUCCCUCUGUGGCCCAAGUGACCCCUGCCCCAGAACAAUGUCCCUCAUACUCUCUUCUCCCUCCAUUGAAUGGCUCGGAUUUUUUUUUUUUAAUCUUUAUUGUUUUGUUCAUGUUUUUAGACAAGGUCUCUUUAUGUAGCCUUGGCUGGUUGUCCUGGACCCUCACUAAGCCAACCAGACUGGCCUUGAUGUCUCAGAGAUCCAACAUCUUUCUGCCUCCGAAAUUACAAACGGCACUGGACACCA